AUGGUUGUCCACGUCUUCGGUAAAGCUAUCAAGCAUAACCAGCUUGUGCAUCUUGGCCUUGCCGGUAACAUCUUUGGUGUCGGCCCCCAUGUUGCCAAAACUAUCUGUGCCAAGGUGGGCCUCUAUCCCCAGAUGAGAAUGAACCAGCUCAACGAAUCUCAGAUCAUGUCCAUCAACAAGGAACUCUCCGAGAUGCAAGUGGAGCAUCAGUUGAAGCAGAAGAUCCACAAUGAUAUUCAGUUGAAGAAGAAGAUCAAGUCUUACGCUGGUCAGAGACAUGCUGAUGGUUACCCAGUCAGAGGCCAGGGUACCAGAAGUAACGCUCGUACUGCUAAGAAACUCAACUCCAGACGUUAA